UGCACGUAUAUUUCUUCUUUAGCCGAGGUGUUAUGAAAGUGGAGAUGCUCAUACAUGAAGUGCGCCAAGAACAUUUUGGGAGUAUGCCUGCGACGUCAGCAACGUCUACGGCCUUCUGAGAAAGAACGUGUCCCUCAUAGACGGAAUGUCUGAAGCUGAAAGGAUGAUGCUAAUAUACAGAAUGUCCGCCAUUGUGGUCUCUGUGGUGGUGGCCGUGUCAGUGCUGUUCUCGUGGCUGGUCUGGAGACUCAGGAUUGUGUUUGCUGUGUGGUGGCAGAGGAGGACCACUGCGCCUUUAGCCCAAGACAAGUACAACUACGAUGUAUUUGUGAUCCACGGAGAAACGGCGUCCAGCUGGGUGUGGGGCGUCCUGGUUCCGAUGCUGGAGACGACGUACGGGUAUGCUUGCUUUUUGCCGGACCGGGACCUGCACGGGGGAGAGAUGGUUGCAGACACCAUCUCUGCUGUCAUGGCCACCUGUCGCCGUGUGCUUGUGGUAACGACACCUUGCUUGCCCGAGAGUCGCUGGGGAACUUGGUCUCUGCACUCCGGCAUCCACUCCACUCUGACGUCACCAACCCGCAUUCUCGCCCUCAAACUACAGGACAUGAAGUUCGAAUCCACAAACGCAAAAGACAUCCUCAGGAUCUUGAAAGUUGUGAAGACGCUCACCGUACCCUCAGCUUGUGGCCUACACGACGACGCAGAAAUCCCCCCCGAAGUCCUUGCAACCAAACCACAGGAUGAAAACAAGAACGACCCUCCAGCGCCCCUCCAGCUGACCAUCCCGGAGGUCAGAGUGGAGGGCGACUGGUCAGGCUCCCCCAAGAGGCAGAGGCUGUCGAACAUGAUCCUCGGAAGCAACAACUCCUCCAGGGAGAAUUUAGACGAAGAGAAGGCAGACAAGCAGGUCAGCAACGGAGGACCUGUUAUUUACGACCAGGACGACGGCCUUGAGGACCCCGGCUCGCCCUGCUCCGUCACUCCUUUCAUCCUGCCAUCCUGCAGUCGACAACAAACUUCAAAGGGUUGUGCCUCCCUGACCUGGUACAUGCGGGUGGCGUUUGUCAAGGACUCCGAGGAACAGUUCUGGCUGCGACUGCGAUAUUACCUGACGCCGCCAAGCCAUCCGUCGCACUGCACCGCCACCUACAAAGCCUGAGAGUUUAUCACCGGAAGUGAAUGGCAUCUGACAGUACACACACUAUUCGUGUACAUAACUGGUGCUGAAACCCAGUGACAAACGGAUGCACAGAGUCGUAAAUAUGUAAAGGUGUAGCUCCAUUAUCAGUAUCCGUGCGGGGAUUACUGUACAAAACAGUGUCUCUCAUUGCGCGUGCCCCCUUUUAUUGUUGAUAUUAUGAAGACUAGAUCACUUGGUCGAAGAUCAAUCCUCUCUUUAUGAUAGUACUGUUUGAUUUUUUCUAAUCGGGAUGUACCAAGUACUGGAAAAAAAAGUUAUGAGAUGUUUUGAAAACACUUAAAACGGAAAAUGGUUUAUGAAAAUGAUGGUGAGGGAGAACUUUUUAUCGCCACCUUUUCUGUUUGAUAAAUCUUUUUGGUUAGUGUAUGGCUUGAAAGUGUCAUUAACCAGGCUUUACAUACGUCUCAUAUAAACUAAGCAAUGUAUAUGUUACAAAACUAAAACUUAAGUUAUACCUCAUCUAUAUAUCUGUGAAACCUUGGAAUGAGACAGCUUUGGUAUCCCCAGGUAUAAUCGCAUUCAUCCUCAUCAUUCACAUAUAUUUCAUUCAACACAUUACCAUUAUCUCUCAUUUUUUAUAACCACAAACUUUUUUAUCCUCAUUCUUGUAUAUGUAUAGGCGUUUUGCUGUCUUUAAUAAACUAGUUACAUGUUUGCGGGCAAGUACGGGUCGUUAUGUUUUCUGUAGUUUUUUUUUACAGAAAUCGUAGAAAUGUAGCCAAGGACAGGUUGAGAAAUAUGUGAUUUAUUGUCAGGCGUCUUUCGAAGCGCCAAGGCUGGUGGUUUGUUACUCGGAUGUGAAAGGACAGAAUAAGGUAUAAGAAAACAAUAAGUGUUACCUUAAUACUCCAAUGUCAUGAAGUAGAUGCAUGGUGAGUGGUUAAUAUUUUAGGAACGACUAUUAUUUCUACAGGGAAAUACGACAGAUAUCAUUUUGAACUCUGUACAAGUCAUUUCAUAUAUUGCCACUUAACCAUUCCACGAGGCCAUUUGUAUAUUUAAGUUUUGAUGUUUGGUAUAUGCGUAGAUACAGUAUACAUUUUUGUACUAAUAUUAAGAAUAUAAUGGACGAGCACAACAAGUGUCAGUACAUGUUAAGUAUUGAAUCAGUAACAUAGUACAUAUACUAAGUAAGAUUUAUUCUCAGCUGCCCUGUACCAGUUUAGCAAGCUGGAAAACAGCAAAAUGUAAGCUGUUUUUAAAUCUUAGAACAUACACUGUUUAACAAGGUGAGGGUCCCUAGUCAAUCACCUGGUGCUUUUUGUUUUUGGUUUAGGAUAAUAUAAGAAACUUCUGCAUGGAUUUUUUUUUUAUUCUGUACAAUUACCGUAUGUGCCAUUAGCAUGUAUUUUUAUAGUAAUGAUACUGUGUAAAAUAAAAGACUACGUUAAAUGUGAAA